UUGAGGGAGGACGUGCGGUUUUCGCGGUUCUGUAACCGCGCCGGUAAAUUAAAACCUGAAUUAAAAUAUUUUUUUCAACUCUGUAACUGUGUUUGGCGGUAACUGAUAAGUGCAUAAGUGCAAUUUAAAGAAGGUACCACGUGAUUGCAAGGUUAGCCGGUACCAGUGAAAACAGUGAAGUGUCAUUAUAUUAUUAAUAUCGUAAAUAAUAACAUAACUCAGUUUUUUUUACAAUAUGACUUGAUAAAUAAAAAUAUAGUGCUGUGUCCAAGUGAUAAAUUAAUUAAGUAUUUCAAAAGUAUUACAUAUUCGUGAUAAUAUCUGUGCCAGUGUUUAUAAUGGAAGCCUUAGAGAGGAGAGGAAAGAGGAUUUCGAUGAUAGCAAUAGUUUUGAUCGUCUUCUGGUCUCAGUGCAAAGGCGUGGACGGACACAAAAACCACACAAAGAUGUCGUAUGUGUGUCCGCCACAGUUCAUCAGACUGGGCCACGGCUGCUAUUACUUCAGCGAGAACAAAGCCACGUGGCACGAUGCACUCUUUGCUUGCAAGGAUCGCGACAGCAGCCUUUCUGUGCCGGCGCGGUGGGAAGACAGAAACCUACGGAAGUAUCUCAACAAACAUAACGUGGUGCGAGCCAGCCGCUGGAUCGGCGGCAUCUACGACUACAAGGCGCGGGAUUGGAAGUGGGGCGGAGAGCUGCGUCAGAUGCACUACCAGUCCUUCUCCAAGAUGAAGAGGCUGUCACCCGCGGAACUGCAGUUCCAUUGCAUCGCCAUGGCCCCGGAGUUGCUAUACAGGUGGACCCCAAAGAGCUGCUAUGAGCCUCGACAAUUCAUCUGCCAAACGAAACUAAAAAAGGUCCCCCAGUCGAAACUCAAAGGCCUUCGACGAAGGUACCAGAGGAUGGGGAAGAUCAACGAGAUCACUGUACUGUCGAGUAGGGAGGAGGACCAUCCUAGAACGAAUGACGUCACUAGCAAUCCCAUUUUGAACCCGAAAUCUUAUGACCUUCAUCCAAAUUCACGACGAGGCCAGAAAAACCCGAUACGCAACAACCCGAAAGUUUACGACCUUCGACCCAAUGAGUUGAGGAAGCGAUCGCGACCUAACGCCCAAAGAAAGCUUAAGAGACCAUUCCCAGGUUACCGAUGGAACAGGCGCGACCCCGAAGGCUCAUACCAAUUGAACGUCAACAUUCUCCGUUCGGGACGCACCGGCCUCACUCCUCAGCAAAUCAACGCCCACCUCUCGCGCCUACAACACAUGCGCGACAGACAAAUCGCCCGCCGUAAGCGGAUACGGGACAAAGACGAAUGGCUCGUAAAUGAUGCCCCACCAGCGAUAGUUCGCACACACGCCCGGACGUACACCGUAGAUAAUAACAUAAGCGCGCUUCAUCCCAAAACGAUCGUAGAAGAGUUCGAUAUGAUGCCGCCACCCGCCCCUGUAGUUUUACCGAGGCCAACGCGCGGGAUUUGGUAAUAGGUAGACUUCUUUGGAUUAUUAACUGAAACGCUCAUCAACUUUUUUAAUAAUUUACUCACAUAUUAAUAACAUCCAUAAUUUUAUGAGUUAUCGAAGUCUGGAAUUUAUCUACAAGUGGGGUUCCCAAAAUCUUUUGCAAAGAGAUAAAGUUUAUCUCAAACCAGCUUUGUAAAUGCGUCAAAUUAAUAUGAGCGUUAUUGGUAAUUCCCAUUGAAUCCGUUAAAUUAAAUCGAAAUAAAUUCUUUAUAAGUUCCUUUCACUUUUAAUCUUAAUUCUUAUCUGUACGCUUCGAAUGCCUAAAGCUUUUAGCACUUCCGCAAGCGUUUCUUUUUCAUGUCUUACAGCUCUGGUUGACAUUUUUUGCUGAUUAAAAAAAUGUGCAACGCUUUCGAUUAUAUUAUCGCCCAUUAAAUUCGCACUCUUCAUUUUUAGCUUAUGCUCUUUGUAUGAUUUGAUCGCUCGCAAUAGUAGUCUUUUUUGAAACAGUAAAAUCGUGCAUCAGAGUAAAAUUAACCUAACUGACUUUAAAGUCGUUAUCUGUACCACUAGUUUUAGUUUAUAAUAAUUCCGCUUGGAGCGCUUACUGUAAACGUGCGGAAUAAAGAUUGAAAACUUGCACAAAUUAGGUACAUUUUACUCUGACGUUCCAGUAUUUUAUUCUUCAAAAUCGAUUCGACUACGAACCGUAAAAACGUACUGGGAUAGUAUUUUCUUAUUUUUUCCACAAGUCCCACCCAAUUUGCAAAGAAUCUUUAUUAUUAUAUUUUAGUCUAGAUGUUCACGGCAAACUUUAUAAUCGGCACUGACGCAUCGGUUUAUAUUCACUCAAAGAUGAUGAAAUUUCUUAUCAUACCCAUUUAAAAAAAAGAUCUGAACACCUACUCUUAUAAUGCUGAUCGCACGCACACUUACAAUGAUGUUACGGAACAUAGAGAAAAACUGAGGUUUCAACUAAAAAUUAACUCUACAUUCUGAGUAAAACAAUUGUUUUUAAUAAAGCACUCUUUAAAUAAUAAGUGUGACAGUUAACAAUAAACGUCAAACAUGUAUACAAAAUCACAAUAAAAUCACGAUAUCAUCUUUGCUCACCUACGAACUAUAAAUCAAGGUUUGAAUGGAAAUUCAUGAGCUCGCAUCACUCGUGCCUCGAAGCUUAACUGAUUCCUUUUUCAGAAUUAUUGCCCGAUUAUAAAUACGUGAACAUGAACUUUUUUUAUUUACAACAAGUAUUUAUUUUUUAUAAACUGUAUUUUUUGUGUAAUUUUAAGAUGUGCUUCGCUGUGAAGUUCUGUGUGAACACUUAUUUACUAUAAUUGCAUCGUGUGUACUAAGUCUUAGGCUUUCAAACAAUCAGAUUUAUUAUGAUUGCGUUUUUUUAACGUUAAGAGUUUAGAGACAGACUGCAUUUGAACUGAAAGCCAGUCUUAAAUUGCAGUUUUGAUGCAGUUUUAAUGCAACUGGCAUAGGUACAUUAGAACUGCCGACUAGCAGUCGUCUACUUACAAAAGCGUACCCACACUACUUAUAUGACAAGUGCAUACAUGCACUCAAACUGCCAAUAUGCAGUUGGCUUGCAGUUCAAAACAGGCCAUAUGAAUAAGCACUAAGAAAGUAUAUAUGUUUAGCACACACUAAAGCAAAAAUAUGGAAGUAGGUAGCCAUCGUGGACAAAUUUAUUCAUGAAAUUGAUACCAGUGCUGACGCCUGUCUGUUUUUUCUUUAGUCUGUGAUGUAUAAAUGUAAGGCUUGGUUCAGACUUAAAUAAUAAUGUGUAAACGUGAUUCUUAAGUCUGCACCACUGUCUGCAUAGGAAUUACGAUUUCUUGCAUCUUUAUGGUCUAUCCAGACAUAUCAGGGUCUGUAACCUGUCAGUAUUCCGCCAAGAACAGGGAAAAAUGGCUUCAAUACUUUUUUAAGAUUUUUUUCAGCCUUAUCUGAAGGUUUGGAGAACUUCAAAAGCAUGUGGGGACAAACAUAUGCUCUUAAGUCUACCCAGUUUUGCUUUGACGUAACCCAGACUGUUUUAUAGCUGUCAAACCUUCCAACUAACUGAAGAGACCGAUGUUUAUUUUCCGGUAAAGUGCACUUUUUGUCUUUAUCUUACUCGCCGUACUUCUGCAGGACAUCGCAUGUGUAUCCAGACACCCUGUGACACGUCUUAUGCCAACGUUCACGUUAUGCCACAAGAGGUCUACCAACGUUUCGUUUUCACUGCAGGGUCGCCAUUCUAAAACUUCGUACCCGAAUAACCAUCCAAUCCUCUGAGCAAUUUGCUAUUAUAUUUAUGAACAUAGAUAACUGACAGCACGGAUCCGUGACAGGUUUCUAGGGUCCUUUAACCAUGAACUUAGCUAAGUAAGCUAAGCUCUUGUCGGUAUAGCCCUGUCCAACCUUCUCUAUCCAUGACCCUCUCUUUCAAAGCUUUAUAAGUCCCCAAUCUAACCUUUAGUUUAAUCUCGAAAAUCCAGUCUUGCUCGUCCAACUCUGAUAUGUCUAAAUAAACCCUUAUAGUUAAACCGUCAAACAGCAUUUUAAUUUUAAGUACCGCUUAGUAAUAGUUAUAUUAACACACUAAACCCAAUUAUAAAAUCAUCAAAAUUACGUAGUGUAAAACUAGUCAGUAAGUUAAAUCGAAAGAUGUACGAACCUAAGCAUUUAAAGAAUAACAGCGUAUAUGCAUUUUAAUUAUUAAAGAAUGGAAAAUAAAGUUCACGCUCGUUAAUUGCCGAUUUCAUAAACGCUGUCAAAAUAAAGCUAUCUAUCACAUUGAAAUAUUAUUCCGAACUAAUAUUUAUAUAAUACAUAUGCAAAGACAGAGACCUGGUUGUGAUCUGAAAAAAAAAUCUAAGGAAAAUGGUAUGAAUUAUGUAACCCGUUGUACGCCUAACUCGUUAAGAAAAUGACAUCAAGAUGAAUAAACUAGGAGAUUAGAGGUGUGAUAAGGUUCCUGGAAAAUGAAGAUUUCUAAAUUGAUUCGCGUAUGACUUUGACCGAGGCUAGUUACCACAACACUGUCGUGAAAAUCUAACUGUUUAGCAAUUUAUUUUUUUGGUAUAAAACCAAGGAGAAAAUGAACAGAAGAACGUAAGAGUAGGUUCCUAAUUAUAACCUGUUCAGCACACUUUGAUUUUAGAAUACAUUGUUGCUUUCGAUGUAAUAAAACCAAGAAAUAUCUAUAAAUUAAAUGACUAUGCUUCAUCGUAAAAAAGCGAGCGUGGACUUUAUAUAAUUUUAAUUCUCACUAAUAUUUGCCUUUCAUAUUAAAAUCUUAAGAUUCAUACUACUAAUUAAAACGUAACUUAAGUUUUUUGAUUAAAUAUUCAUUUAUUAUAAUGAAAAUAAAUUAUAAUUUAACAAUGCUAACAUUCUCAUCGCUAUAAGUGUUUUUAUUUGAGAAUACGAGUUGGAAAUGUGUCGUACUUCAUAUUGGCAUUUGCUUGUUAAAUUAAAUAAUUUUAAAAUAAGUAUUAUUCUAAUUAUAUAUGUACGUUCCACUAUAUAACCAGUACGCGCUUCGAAAGUUGAAAAUGUUAUCACCCAUAACAUAACACCCCGACCAACGUAGAUAAUUCUGGGAGGGAGCCUCGGACAAAUAUAUAUCAACUAUAUUUUGAUAUUCUGUCGAUUUGUCAACCGUAGCAAAAAAGUUUAAUGAAACAAUCGACAGUUACAUAUUAUAUAACGAAAACAGAUCAGAACGUUCAUCAAUCGAUUUCUUUGUUUGUUUAGAACACAAAUGUUGAUGUUGAGCAGUUUGAUCAGGACACAAUGGUUGAUGUUGAGCGGUUUGAUCAGAACACAAUAGUUGAUGAUGGUUGGUUGUUCAGAACACAAUGGUUGAAGUUGAGCAGUCUAUAAUCCAUGGUGAUCAAUGUAGACUGCAUUCGUCGACUAAAAUAACCAACAUUGAUGGUCGAUUGUCGAUUCAAAUUAAAUUUUAUCAUACAUAUAAACUUAGUGUCAACUUUUGUGGCGCGUCCUGUUCAAUUAAUUAAGUUAAAAAAAAACUGAAACUACUUAGUUAUCUUUAUAGUGCCAAUAUCUUAGUCCUCGCAUUUAAAAAUAAUAUUAAAAUAAUUUUGACAAGUGUAAAUCAUAUAUUUCAUAUUUUACUUAGAUUUUUCCCAAAUAUAAUUAUAGUUUAUUAACUCAAAAAUAGCAUAUCAUGGAAAAAAUAAUAAAAGAUGAUUCUAUUAAUGUUAAACUUUUGAUAUUUAUCUACCAUUAUUUCAAGAACUUAUCCAUUGAAAUUACGAAAGUAAGAUGCUACCUAGUAAGUAGGGAGGUAUAUAUUUCAAGUUAAGAAUUACAAUUUUAAAAUCCCAUCAUUUUGUACAGUGUAUGCCUACUAUCCUUCCUAAUUUCAUUUAUACCUUCCUUGUUAAUAAUUAAAAAUCAGUUAUUCGUCUUAUAUAAAAUCAGUUAUACCACAGAAUUAAGAACCUACAGAACCCACAUUCUGCUUUCAGCCAUUAUUGCAUGCAGUGCAUUAUGUCCAAAAACAGUGAAAACAUCCCGCGCACAUCUCACUUCACACCCGCAGAAUGAUGCUAACUCACAACCAUUUACCGUUUUCCCUAUUGUGGAGGUUAAUCAUUUACUGUCAACUGCUAAGUUGAAUGAAGUGACUGUUCGUGAAACACUACAAAAGUGGAAUGGUUUUUGAUGCUUCCAUAUUAGUCUACACGGUUUCUGUAUGUUGUUUAUUCUGUGGAUUAUAUCUAUAAAUGCUGACAUGUUUGAAAAUAAAUGAUGCUGUAAAAAUUCCACUGUAAAAAUAUAUGUUAGAUAUACACUGUUUAUAGUGUAGGUAGUAGGUAGGUACGGCAUUCUUAUCCUAUUUUGUCUUUAAAUCGAAUACGCAUUACGCACUUGUCAAUAUUUGUAAGCAUUAAAAUAAAUUCUAAAACUAGUCCACUCUGUAAUAGAUUUUAGAUAAAAGUAAUGUUAAAUUAAAUAGUUUUUCCAAAACUUCCUCCAUAAUUUAUGUACCUAAGUUAAAUUAUUGUCGACUAGUUAUAGAUAUGUUUAAGGUCCAAAACAAAAAUAGAAAUAUUUAGAGAAGGGAGGCAUUUAUGUUUUGGCCUACAACUUAAAACUUUUGGAAAAAAAUAACAAGUGGCGAAUUCUAAUUCAUAAAUUAUGAAUUUAGAAUCAAAAUUUUAUAAUGUAGUUUUUAAUACUUUCAUAAUUGUAGAUUUUAUUCAAUGUUUUCGUCUUGAACUUUUUGUCAAAAUAUUCGUUUUCAUGAUUUUUUUAUGAAUUUAUAAUCAAAAUUGAAUAACGUAGUUUUAGUUACUUUCAUUGUAGAUUUU